AUGGCGGCGGGCGGCAGGGGCCUGUGAGCGGAGCGACCCGCGGGCCCCGGACACCAUGAGCCAGGGACCCGCCCCCGCCGACACCAGCGAGCCCGAGGCCAAAGUCCUGCACACCAAGCGGCUCUACCGGGCCGUGGUGGAGGCGGUGCAUCGGCUGGACUUGAUUCUCGGCAGCAAAACGGCUUAUCAGGAGGUGUUCAAGCCCGAGAACAUCAGCCUCAGGAACAAGCUCCGGGAGCUGUGCGUCAAACUCAUGUUCCUCCACCCUGUGGAUUAUGGGCGCAAGGCGGAGGAGCUGCUGUGGCGGAAGGUUUACUACGAGGUCGUCCAGCUCAUCAAGACCAACAAGAAGCACAUCCACAGCCGCAGCGCGCUGGAGUGCGCUUACCGUACCCACCUGGUCGCCGGCAUCGGCUUCUACCAGCAUCUGCUGCUCUACGUCCAGUCCCACUACCAGCUGGAGCUGCAGCGCUGCAUCGACUGGACCCACGUCACCGACCCCUUGGCCGGGCUCAGGAAGCCGGUGUCCGCCUCAGCCAAGGAGAUGGAUUGGGCCCAGAUGGCCUGCCACCGCUGCCUCGUCUACUUGGGGGACUUGGCCCGCUACCAGAACGAGUUGACCGGCCUGGACACGGAGCGGCUGGCCGAGCGGUUUUACUAUCAGGCCCUGUCCGUGGCCCCCCAGAUUGGCAUGCCCUUCAACCAGCUGGGCACCCUGGCUGGCAGCAAGUACUACAACGUGGAGGCCACCUACUGCUACCUGCGGUGCAUCCAGUCGGACGUGUCCUUCGAGGGGGCGGCCGGAAACCUGCAGCGGCUGUUCGACAAGGCCGCCCGGACGUACCGGCAGCUGCACCGGGGAGAGACCCGCAGGCUGCCACCCGGCAGGAAGCGGAGCAGAGACAUCAGGCGUCUCCUGGUGAGCUUCAUGUACCUGCAGAGCCUGCUGCAGCCCAAGGGCAGUUGCGCCGAGGCGGAGCUGACGGGGCUGUGCCAGGCGGUCCUGGAGGACUUCAACCUGUGCCUGUUCUACGUGGCGGCGCCCCCGGGCCUGGGGCCCCCCGGCGAGGAGGAGGAUGAGGAGGAGGAGCGCGACGGGGGGGCCGGAGGCUCCUUCCUGCCGGACCUCCUGGUCUUCCACAUGGUGGUCACCUGCCUCAUGAGCGUCCACAGCCUGAAGCGUGCGGGCUCCAAGCAGUACGGCGCGGCCAUCGCCUUCACCCUGGCCCUCUUCUCCCACCUCAUCAACCACGUCAACAUCCGGCUGCAGGCGGAGCUGGAGGAGGGGGAGCCGGCGCCCGUGUUCCAGAGAGACGGGACAGACGAGCCGGAGCCCCGGGAGCCUUCCGGGGAGGGCGCGGAGCAGGAGCCGCCGCGGCCGCCCCCGGCGCCGGACCCCGAGCCGGCCGCCUCGCGCAAGGGCCGCCGGGCGUCGCGCCUCACCUCGCGCCUGUCCUGCAUGCGCCGCCGCCGGGCCCCGGCCCGCGGGGAGGACCAGAGCGACCUGAGCGAGGGCUUCGAGUCGGACGCCAGCGGGGAGUCGGGCCGGGGCAGCGGCGACUCGGGCAGCGGCUCCGGCCGCAGCGGCGACGGGGCCGGGGCCGCCUUCGGCGCCGACAGCGACUCGGACAUGAACAGCCAGGAGUCCCGCUCCGACCUGGAAGACAUGGAGGAGGAGGAGGACGAGGAGGAGGAGGAGGAGGAGGACGACGACGACGAAGAGGAGGAGGAGCCGGAGCCGGGGGAGCAGGGGGAGGAGGCGAGGGAGGGCGGCGGGGGUCCCCAGGCCCCCGAGCUGGCCAACGGGCCGCCGGCCCCCAGCGAGGCCGUGGCCAGCAGCCUCCAGGCCAUGUCCACCCAGCUGUUCCAGAACCGCCGCUGCUUCCGGCUGGCCCCCACCUUCAACAACGUGGUCCUCCGGCCCCCGCCCCGGCCCCCGGCCCGCCAGCCCUGCCUCAACGGGGGGCCGGGGACGCCGGCCGAGCCCGCGUCCGACGAGGGGACGGAGUCGGAGGGGAGCGUGUCCAGCGGGGGCUCGGGCCGGCCCGAGCGCAGCGUCCAGGAGAAGCUGUGGAUCUUGGCGGCCGAGGGGCUGCUGCCCACGGUCAAGGUGGUCCUGGACUGGCUCCGCACCAACACGGACCUCAUCAUCAUGUGUGCCCAGAGCUCCCAGAGCCUGUGGAACCGUCUGUCCGUCCUGCUAAACCUGCUGCCCUCGGCCACCGACCUCCAGGAACCCGGCCUGGCCCUGGGCCCCGAGCUGCAGGACCUGCUGUCGGGCUGGGAGCUGCCGGACCCCCCGGCCUGCCCGCUGCUCCCCGAGGACAUGGCCCUGCGCAACCUGGCCCCGCUGCGUGCCGCCCACCGCAGCUUCCGCUUCGACCGGGCCUGGCCGCCGCUCAGCGCCGUGGAGGAGUCGGCCGUGCGCGUCUGCUGCAUCCGCAGCUUCGGCCACUUCAUCGCCCGCCUGCAAGGCAGCGUCCUGCAGUUCAACUCGGAGGUGGGCAUCUUCAUCAGCACCGCCCGGGCCGUGCCCGAGGCCCCCGCGCCGCCCGCCCGGGCCGAGCAGGACGGCGUGCUGCAGCAAGCCCAGGCCCAGUUCCGCAUGGCCCAGGAGGAGGCGCGACGCAACCGUCUGAUGCGGGACAUGGCGCAGCUCCGGCUGCAGUUGGAGGUGUCCCAGCUGGAAGGCAGCCUGCAGCAGCCCCGGGCCCAGGCGGCCAUGUCGCCCUACCUGGUGCCCGAUACCCAGGCCCUGUGCCAGCACCUCCCGCUCCUCCGACAGCUGGCCACCAGCGGCAGGUUCAUCGUCAUCAUCCCCCGGGCAGUGAUCGACGGCCUGGAUUUCCUGAAGAAGGAGCUGCCCGGGGCCCGGGACGCCAUCCGCUUCCUGGAGGCCGAGUUCAAGAAAGGGAACAGGUACAUCCGCUGUCAGAAGGAGGCCGGGAAGAGCUUCGAGAGACACAAGUUGAAGCGUCUGGACACUGACGCCUGGACCCUGUACAAGAUCUUGGACAGCUGCAAGCAGCUGACCGUGCCCCAGGGGGCCGGAGAAGACGACCCCUCCGGCAUGGUGACCGUGCUGACCGGCCUCCCCCUGGCCGACCCCGGCGCCACCUCCGGCCCCGUGCAGGCGGCCCUGCAGGCGGCCGCCCACGCCUGCGUGGACGUGCGGAAUAUCGUGGAUUUCUACAAGCAGUGGAAAGAGAUGGGCUGAAGGCAGGGCGGGGCCGGGUUUGACUCGACGAUCUCUCUUCUCUGCCCCCUCCCCGGCCGGCAGCGGCGGCGGCGGCGGCGGGGGUCCCGGGGGGGCCUCCCCUGCAGACCCGCACGCGCUCCAAAGGGCCCCCGCCGGGGUGGACAGGGCCGUGGGAGGGCCCGGGGGGCCCCCAGCUCCCUCAAGGUGUCGGACACACAGGCAGAGAGUGCCCGGGGGGGCUCCGGCGGCGGCGCCCCCUCCCCCGAACCCCCUUCCUCACCCUGCG